CUUGGAUCGCCGACAACCGCAGCACCACAGCAUCGCAACCACAUCCACAACCACAGCCACGGCGGCAGCUGCAGCCGCGCCAGAGCAUCCAUGACCAUAACCAAGACCAAGGGCAAGACCAAGGGCAAAAGGGCCAAGCCCGAGAAGCCUGUCAGCAAGCGCCAGUCCAAGCGGAAUGAGGAGGAGCAUGAGCUCAAGGAUCUCGACGAGCGGACAGCCAACCCGGAUGUCUUCCUGAAAAACGACAACUGGACACGAUUUGCCGACCUGCCGCUCUCCAAAAGGACACUGCAAGGACUCGCCAAGGCCAGCUUCACAGAGCCCACGGAAAUCCAAAAAAAAUCGCUGCCUUUGACCCUUGCCGGCCGGGAUCUCCUCGGCGCGGCCAAGACGGGGUCGGGCAAGACCCUGGCAUUCGUCAUUCCCCUCCUGGAGCGUCUGUAUCGAGCCCGAUGGUCAUCCAUGGACGGUGUCGGCGCGUUGAUCAUCUCGCCGACACGGGAGCUGGCAAUGCAAAUCUUUGAGGUCCUCCGAAAGGCCGGCCAGUUCCACAACUUCUCGGCUGGCCUGCUCAUUGGUGGAAAGGACCUGAAGCAAGAGCAGGACCGAGUGAAUCGCAUGAACAUCCUCGUGUGCACGCCCGGAAGACUGCUCCAGCACAUGGACCAGACGCCCAACUUUGGCUGCGACAACCUGCAAAUGCUUGUUCUCGACGAAGCCGAUCGCAUCCUCGACUUUGGAUUCGAGAAGACGCUCAACGCCAUUGUCGAGAACCUGCCCAAGGACCGCCAGACGCUGCUGUUCUCGGCCACCCAAACAAAGUCCGUGCGCGACCUCGCCCGCCUGAGUCUGAAGGAUCCCGAAUACGUCGCCGUCCACGAAGCCGAGACAGCUAGCACCCCAAGCAAGCUCGUUCAAAAGUACCUCGUAUGCGAGCUGCCGCAGAAGCUGGAUGUGCUGUUUUCAUUCUUGCGGACGCAUGUCAAGAGCAAGAUUCUUGUAUUUGUGUCGAGCUGCAAGCAGGUUCGAUUCAUUCACGAAACAUUCUGCAAGAUGCAGCCGGGUCUGCCACUAAUGUGCUUGCACGGCAAACAGAAGCAGCCCAAGCGAAUGGCGAUAUUCGAGCAGUUUUGUCGCAAACAGACGGCCUGCUUGUUUGCCACUGAUAUUGCUGCUCGCGGUCUUGACUUCCCCGCGGUAGACUGGGUCAUCCAGCUGGACUGCCCCGAAGACUCGGAUACCUACAUCCACCGAGUUGGUCGAACAGCCCGCUACAAUGCCGCCGGACAGGCGCUGUUGGUGCUGUUGCCGUCGGAGGAGCAGGAGAUGAUUGCAGAACUGCAGCGGAAAAAGGUGCCUGUCGACAAGAUCCGCGUCAAUCCCAGCAAAACCACAUCGGUGCGGAAGCAGCUGGCGUCGUACUGUUCCCAGGACCCAGAGAUCAAGUAUCUGGCACAGAAGGCGUUUAUUUCAUACAUGCGAUCAGUCUAUCUGCAGAAGAACAAGCUGGUCUUUGAUGUUCAUGCGCUGCCGUCAGAGGAAUUUGCCGCCUCGCUUGGCCUUCCUGGCGCGCCUAAUAUCAAGUUUGUCAAGAAAUCUGGCGCCGCCAAGAACGAGUCUCGACAGGCCCGGGCAGUCUCUGGCAAGAACCAACAAGCCUCAGACGACAGCGAUAGCGAUAGCGAUGAUAGCGAUGGCGACGACGAAACUGCCAACGCAGAAGUUGAUUUGGAUGGUCGCGAUGCCACCCGAGACGGAGACGACGACGAGGACAGCGACGAUCAGAGAGCUCAGAAACCGCGCACCAAGGUCGACAAGCUGUUUGCCCGCAAGAACCUGACCGUGCUCUCGGACCACUAUGCCAAGACCGUCGAGAAGGGUGGCGACGGCGACGACGGCGACGACGACUUUUUAACUCUGAAGCGCGCGGAUCACGACAUCGACGACCUCUCGACGGGCCCCGUCGACCUCACAAAGAAGCAGCUGCAGACACUCAAUCGGCGCGAGCGAUUGAAGGAAAAGCUCAAAUCCAAGCGAGUCGUCUUUGACGAGGAAGGCGAGGCCAUCCAGAUCAACAAGCUCGAGACCCUUGCCGAGUUCGAGGCCCAGAACGACAUUGGCACCAUCCAGCAGAGCUACCUUGAACAGAGCCGUGAGGCGAUCCAAAAAGCCGACAUUGACGACAAGCGGAUCGCCAAAGAGAAGAACCAGGCCAAGAAGCGAGAGAAGAAGCGCAAACAGAAGCUGGCCCGUGACGAGGACGAUGACGGCGACGCGGGUGUCGAGCUUGUGCCGUACGAAGAAGAUGGCGAUGACAACAGCGAUGAUGGUGACGACGAUGGCGAUGAAUACGAUGGCGAUGAGUACGACGGACGCGAUAGCAACUUCAACAACGGUGGCGACGACGACGACGACGACAACGACGACGGCUGGGACUCGGUCGACGCGGAUGGCGGAAUUGAUGUUAACCUUGAUGAGGAAGACGACAAUGUCGGACCAAAGCACCCGCGACAACCCAUAGCCCUCCAUGGCAAGCGCAAAGCCGGCCACGACCGGAGCGGUACGGACGAUGCCCGGGGCAAUGCCAGCAAGAAGCUCAAGGGCAAGUGGAAUGUGGAUGAGAAGACGCUGGAACAAAUGGCGCUUUCGCUGCUGGGCAACUGAGACCGACCCGUGUUGGGGAUGUCGCAUUUUCUGGGUUCCGAAUACACACUCGCCCCAUCGCCCUGGGUGUCGACC